CCCCCCUGGACCGGCUCCAUUGCUGCUAUGGUACUACAUACUACUACUACAUACUACUACUACAUACUACUACUAGGUAUUCAUUCCCUCCUCACCCAGCCCAGCUCAUCUCAUCUCGAACCUUUCGAGACUCGAGAUGUGCCUCUGAGCCUCUGACCCACCCAUCCACGCACCUAUUUUGGAUCCCACGGUACUCUGAACAAUCCCAAUCCCAUCCUCUUUUCUCUCUUCUCGCGAGUCUUCUUCUUCUUCUUGUGGUUCACAAUUGCAAUGGCAAUGGCGAUGGCUCCCUUCGGCUUCGGCUUCGACUUCGGCGGCAGCUUUGGCAGAGGCUUGAGGAGCAUGGAAUGCAUGGCUUCUGCAGCCUGGAGAUUCGUUGUCUCGCUGGCCCUGCUGAUACUGCUCGUGCCGGCUACGCUGCUGUCGGUUGUGUUGUUUACAAUUCUACUCUCGCCCCUCCUGAUAGCGGGCCUUAUCUACUACCAUGGCGUCGAGCAUUUUCGGUUCUUCCGGUUCUUCUUCAGGUUUGGGACGGGGACUGUUGGGACUGGCAACGGUGCUGUCGACGGUGCUGUGGCGGGGAUGCUGGCUGGUCUGGACGGCUUGGACGGUUUGCAGAAGGCUAUGUUGGGGUAUUGUGAACGUGAGCGUGAACGUGGGCAUACGGAUGUCACUACGCCGCAGAGGACGGGGGCAAUCAAGUUUGGGAAUGGGGGCUUUGCAGCUGCUGGCUGCGGUGGUGGGGAGGGGCUUGGGGAUGUGGAGGUGGAGGAUGGGGAGGAGUCGGAGGCGGAGGGUGAGGACGGAGAGGACGGGGAGUCGGUAUACAGCACCGCGCCCGAAGUCAGCACUCGCCUUCGCAUCGACACGCAGGUCGAGAUGCUUACGGUGUCCAACUCCAACUCGCAAGAGAACGAGCCACGCUUCGACCUCGACUUCACCACCGUGCCGUUCUCGCCGCAUUGGUCGGCCGGCACCCACUGGAGUCCGAGCCCCAGCCCGCUGGAUAUUUCCGUGUCCAUGAGCCCGACUUUGUGGCCCUCGCCCGCUACGGAUCUCGAGAGGUGGAGGGGCGCAAGUCCUACUAGUACUGUGGCCAACGAAGGCUUUAGCCCCGUCAGGAUUGAGGUCGCGCUGAGGCAGGCGAUGGAGGAGGGGUUGGGCUCGCCGGUGAGGGGGGGUGCUGAUAAGGGGAUGGGGAAGGGAAAGGGAAAGGGAAAGGAGAAGGUGGGGAUGGAGUUUUCUACGGAGCUCCCAAGGGAGUUGCGGAAUGUCACCGGUUCCAUGCUGGAUGGUGGAGAACACCAGUCGUUUUCUUCCGAGGACGACAGUCUGGACAUGAUGAUUCCCAAGCUGGAGCUCAUCCGAUCAAUGCCGGAUGUUAGAAAGCAGGCGUUGAUCGAGCGGUUCAAGCACGUUAUUACCGAGUUGGAGGCUACGCUUGGCCAGCGCGAGGAAGAGCAGUACGCCAGGGAGCAAGUCGCAAUCGUCGCCACCCCUCCUCCGCGCCCCUCCGCGGUGCCCAGAAACAGGGCGGUGGGCGCACGCUUCCGUGACCUCGCUGGUCCACUCGCGAAUAAGUUUGUCUUGCCCCCACCCGAUCUCAGCCCGCUGUCGAAGGGACAGACCUCUCCCGCUGCUGAUGGCCUCUACGGCGCGGAAAACGUCGACCAGGACUACUGGACCGGCUUCGACGAGGCCUAUGACGUCCCCCACAAGUCGUUCGAUAACCUGCCUGGUGAAGACUCGUCGCAGCAGAAGUGGAGGAGCAAGGGUAAGUGGAUCGAGAAGGGCGUUAGUGUGCUUGGCCAGCUCAAUGAGGAGAGCUUCGAGAGCGGCAGCAGCAUCAAGGGGUCGCCGGCGUCAAAGAAGGAGGUGCGCUGGAGGGAUGAGGACCCGGCCUCGCCCGUUGCAGAGAUCAUCCCGAGCAAGCCAACGCCGCCGGACUCGGCGCUCGGGAGCCUAGUGUCUCCCAGCGGCUCCCCAGCUCCCCUCCCCUCGGCAAUAUCCUACGGCGAGAACGCAACCCCCGAAACCAGUAGCAACCCCGCCGCCGCCACCGCUGCCGACACCACCGAGCCGCCGGAAACGCCUCACCGCCCAGCACUCGUGCCGCUCCUCACCCGCGUGUCAAACAAGGAAUUCCACCACAUCAUCACCACCACCACCUCGCCGCUCCCGUCCCCGUCCGGCUCCGUCUCCGGAAAGCUUAUCAAGCUCUUUGAGGAACUCAGUAAGGCUGCGCCCAGGAGUGCGAGUGUCGAGAGCUCGCCCACGCACUCCAUCGCUCUCCGGACUGAGGGCGCCGCCGCUGAGAGGGUGCUGGAGCGCGCUGGUUUUAUGGAUGGUGCCGCUGAUGAGGGGGUUGUAAGGGAGGGUGGGGUGGGAGAGGAAAGCACGAGGGGGAAGGAGGUGCUAGGGCUGGAGCUCGAGAAGGAGAAGGAGAAGGAUGGUACGGGUGAUGGUGUGGGUGAUGCUUCGGUGGUGGAGGAGGAUAGUCUUGAUGAAUGUUUUUAAUGGGUUUGCAUUGCUGUUUUGCGGCGAGGGGUUAUGCGUUUAGUUUGGGAGGCUGGAGGCGUUUUUAUCGUUAUGGCUGGACAGAGGAUGGAUGGAUGGAUGGAUGGAUGGAAUCGUUGUUUUGUAUGAUACUAUGAUACCCGCUUGAG